AUGUUCAAUUUUAGAAAUUUGCCUCUUUUUGACAAGGAUAAUUCAAAAGAUACAGAUGAUAUAAAAAAUUUUAUAAACUCUUAUGAAGGGAUAUAUUUUUCAUCAUCCAAUAAAUUUAUAAAUGUAUUUCUAGACAAAAUUCUGAUCAUUGAUCCGUCUUCCUUAAAUGUUAUUACAAUAAAUACAGAUCUGUAUGUAGUUGAUUUCCUUUUUAAUGAGAAAAAUAAGAAUCUUAUUGUUUUAGGGAAAGGGAAGAAUUCACUGAUUUGUAGUGUUUACAAUAUUAGGGAAUGCAACUUUACACUUUUGAAAAAAAUUCAGUUAAGCAAAAAUAUUAAUAACAUUAAAAAGACACUGAUAGCAAAAUGUAAUGAAUAUAUAAUAACAUUAGAAAAUAAGAAAAUUACUUUUUAUUUCUUAAAUAAAGAUUAUAGUAUAAAUCAAAGUGAAUUAAUAGAAGACGGAAAAGAACUUAUUGAAAAUAUCUAUUUGUCAAAAAAUCAUAUCUUGUUAGUAAUAAAAAAUUCAUAUGUAUAUAUAUACCAAUUAGAUAUUAAAAAUUCCCAUAUUAGUUAUACACUUAUUGAUAGUUUCAAUUUAAAUUUAUCCUACCUCAGAGAAUCUAUAAAUAAUAAAAAAAAGCAUAUAAAUAAAAUAAAUGAUGUAUCAAAUAAUGACCCAAAAAAGGAUAAUAAUGAAAAAAAUACUUCAUCUAAUAAUAUAACACAUAACAAUUAUAAUGACAUAUCAAAUAAUAAUAAUAAUAAUAAUAAUAUUAAUGGGGUGAAAGACCAUAUAAAUAAUAACACUCUGGAAAAUAAUGAUGAACCAAUCUUAUCUAUAUAUAAUGAAGAUCUUAAUGUUUUAUAUAUAUGCCAAAAUAUGUAUAACGUCCUUUUUGUUUUGAAUUUAAAUAACCUAAGUUUUGAAUUUAUUCUUUUAGAAAAUAAAAUAAUUAAUUUAUUUUCUUGCAAAUUUUAUUUAAUUUUAUUAAAAGAAGUUAAUAAAAAAUUUUUCCUUCAUAUUUAUAUCAUUUAUGAAGAUAUGAAAUUACUAGUCUCAACUUUAUUAUUGAAUGAACCUAUAAGUAAUGUUAUUUUCUUCAAUAAUUUAUUCUGCUUAUUAAUAGAAGAGGAAAUAUCCAAACCAGAAAUAAAAGUAGAUAAAUUUUACUUCUAUGAACAACUAAAAUUAAAAUUACAUUCUAAAUUAGAUGGAGACGCUUUAAAGAUUCUAAAAAGAGAUCAUGUUACUAAUAAUAUCAAUAUAUGUAAACAAGAAGAAAAAAAAUAUAAAUUAAAAAAUGAACAAAAAGAUGUAGAAAUAUAUAAUAAGAACAACACUGUAGAUUCUACCAACAAUACUAUUUAUAACAGCGAAGUUAAUCAUUAUAAAUAUAUAACUAAUGAUUUUUUUCUUAAUGAAGAUGUAAAUACAGAUAUCAAAAAAGAAUUAUAUAACUUAAAUCAUACAAAAGAUAAUAUUAAUCAUGAUACACUAAAAAAACAAACAAAUCAAAAUGAUAUAACUAUGAGCUUAUCAAAAGAUGAAAAAAAUAAUGAUACCAAUAAAUUUUUUAAUGAAAAUAUGUUUACGUUAAAUAAAUUCUUUAAAAAUUGUCGAAAUCAAAUUAAAAUAAUAUUAAAAGAAAGAAACAUUAACGAAAUUAUAAAUAUGUUCAAAAAAAAAAAAUUAUAUCAAUGGUUAAUUAAAUAUGCAAAUUUAAAUAAAAAUUAUCAAAUAAUUAAUAUAAAUUUCAUACAUAAAAUAUAUGCAGAUUUUUUAUUUGAAAAAGAACAAUAUGAAAAUGCUAUAUAUGAAUAUAUUCAAACAAUUAAUUAUUUAGAAACAUCCUAUGUUAUACAUAAAUAUUUAAAUUUAGAUUUAUAUGAAUAUUUAACCAUAUAUUUAGAGAAAUUACAUGUAUAUCAUCACUUUAACGAUGAACAUACUAUGAUGUUAUUAUCAUGUUAUAAAAAGCAAUGUAAAAAAAAAAAAAUGAUAUCCUUCAUUAAAAAAAACAAAGACAAAAUUAAUUUAAAUAAAACAUACAAAUUUUUAUUAAAUGCGGGUUAUUAUAAUAUAGUAUUAAAUCUGUCAAAAAAAUAUAAGGACCAUUUCACAUAUGUUUCUAUAUUAAUUGAAAAAUAUGAAAAUUAUGAAAAAAGCUUAAAAUAUAUUUUUAAGUUAGAUGUCGAAAAUAUUUGUAUCUUAUUAUUUAAAUAUGGUUAUAAAUUUAUUAAAUAUUACCCACAACUAACAAUCUACUUAUUAAAAAAAAUAAUUAAAAAGUACAAUAUAAAUCUAACAAUUUUUAUCCCCUUAUUUUUAGAUAAUAUCGAUUUUCUUUUUAUGUUUAUUGUCAAAUUUCUUGAUAAAAAUGUAAAUAUAAAUAAAAUAAAUCAUAUACAAGAAAAACAAAAACAUCAUUAUUCAAACAUGUAUCAUGAUAGUGAUGAAUUAAAUUCUGUAACCAAACAAAAAAAUAAAAUAAAUUCAUUCCUUUUAUAUGAAAAGGAUAACAAUCAAAAUCACAAUGGCAUUCCUAGUGAUAGUCAUAAUUUAUCAGACGAUAAUAAUUCACAAGAAUCUACAACGGCUGUUAACUUAAUAAAUAAAACAAAUUUACAAUUGGAUAUAUUUAAUGGAGAAUAUGAUUAUAUAUUAUUUGUAACUGUAAUACAAAUAUUAUUACAAAAAUAUAAAAAAUCAAUGCAAGAAGAAAAUCAAACAAACAAUCAAUCAAGCAAACAAACAAACAAUCAAUCAAGCAAACAAACAAACAAACAAUCAAUCAAUCAAUCAAACAAUCAAUCAAUCAAUCAAACAAACAAUCAAUCAAUCAAACAAACAAACAUCCAAACAAAUAAACAAAAAGGAAACAGUACAACAAAUAAAAUAAUUAAUAAAGAUGAAACCAAUGAACAAAACAAUAUCCUAACAUUUAACAUAGAUAAAUUAAUCCAGAAUAAUAAGGAUAAAAAUAUUAACUUCUUAUCUGUAUUAUUAUUAUCUAUAUAUAAUUAUAAUAAAGGUUUGAUAUAUACAUCAACACAAAUGAACAAAUAUGAUAUAUCACUUUUGUUCUCUAUUCACAAAUUCAUAAAUAAUACAAAAGGUAAAAUAAACAAAAUAAAUAUGGAUGAACAUAAACCAAAUGAACAAACAAUGCAAAUAAACAGUAGUUAUAAAAUAUUAAAUAGAAAUUUCCAAAAAGUUAUAUAUAACAUAUGUAUUAACCAUUUAAAGUUAAAUGGUUCCUUAUCAUAUAAUUAUAUUUUUUAUUAUCUUUCUAUGUUAAAUGAUGAAAAGUAUUUAAUUAAAUUUAUAAAAAAAAUAAGACAAGAUAUGAACUUAAGUAUAUUCAACUUAAUUCAAAUUUUAAAAAAAUAUAACAAAAGUUAUAGCUGUAUACAAAAUAUGGUAGUAGCAUAUAUGAAUGAUAUGAAUAAAAAUAUAAAUGACAAAUGUAUAGAAAUAGAAAAGGAUAAAAAAGAAUUGGAAAAAAUAAAGAAAAAACAAUUAAAAAAAAAAUAUAAUUUUUAUUUAAUAGAUAAUGCUUAUUGUUCUAUAUGUAAAGAAAUUUUAUCAGUGCCAAUGAUUCAUUUUUUAUGUAAACAUUCAUACCAUUCUUAUUGUUUAAAGGAUAACAAUGUCUGUAUAUUAUGUCAUAAUAAGGAUAAGGAAAAAAAAUUAUUAAAAGAAAAGGCGAUCAAUUCAAUUCAAAAUUUUGAUGAAUUCUUUAAAUACUUACAAGGAUCAACUGAUAAAUUUUCUUAUAUAUCCAAUUACCUUUCCUAUGGAAUUACACCAAAAUGA